GGGAAUCGUUAGGUUCGUUCGGGACACGCAGCCCAUGGCCCGGGCGUCUCGCUCUGGUGGCCUUCUGCCUCCGCUUGCUACCGUGCCGCCGUUGUGGGCGCACCCCGAGGUCGCUGGGGAGGAGCAGUGGGAGAGAAGGCGGACAGGCGCUCUCGGCGGGGACGUUCGGGGCUACCCGGAGUUGCCGGUUGCCGGGAGCAUCCCCUACCUGGCCCCGCGGCCCGGCGGAGCUCCGGGGGGCCAGCCGUGGUGGGCGGCGCAGGCGGACGCGGGAGAGCACCAUGAGGUUGGCGCCGCGGACUGGCGGCGGGAGCCGGUAGCGGGCUGCCGGAUUCCUCCUGCACUGCAGCGCCUCUGGGCCGUGUUGCUGCGGCUGCACCGCGAGCGGGAGCAGCUCCUCCAGGCCCGGGACUGCGCCCGCCACCUCCAGGCCGCCGUGCGCCUCCUGAGGAUCCUGAGUCCCGGCGCGCCAUCCCCCGGCCCCGGCCCCUUGCCUCAGCUGUGCCGCGACCUGCUGCCGCACCCUUCCAGAGGGGCCAACCUGCGAACCGGCCUUCGGGAGACUCCCGAGCAGCUACUGCUGGCGCGCCUGGUCGGAUUAGCUGCCCAACGCCUAGAUGCUGCCAUCGAGAUGGAGCUUCGCGCUCUGGGCCGGGCGCCCGCCAGCCCGGGCCUGUCGUCCCAACUCGCCGACCUGCUGCUGGCGCUUCCCGCCUACCACCAGCUACAGGGAAAAGCCGUGAGCUACUUCCCAGGGGCAGCGCGCCCUUUCCCCACGGCCCGUGUGCUCCGCCUCCUGACGGAGGAGCGGGGUUGCCUGGUAGCAGGUCAGCUGCACGAGGCGCUCAGGGGAUCGGGCUUGCGGGACCAGCUUCAAAGCCGGUGCCAUGAGGAGCGAGAGCUGCUGCCAGGGCUCCUGGGCCUGAUGGGGGGCGUGGCGGGUUCAGCCAGCAGUGGACUGGGGCUUGAAGGGGCUGGAGCCCUGUGGAGCCAAUACUGGACCCUGCUGUGGGCAGCCUGUGCUCAGAGUCUGGACCUAAGUCUAGGACCCUGGAGGGACCCCAGGGCAGCGGCACGACAGCUGAGUCAGGCACUGGGUCAGGCAUCCCUGCCUCAGGAGUGUGAGAAGGAGCUGGCUUCUUUGUGUGACAACCUAUUUCAUCAGUCUGUUAUCUGGAGCUGGGACCAAGGCUUCUGCCAGGCUUUGGGAUCUGCUGGUGGAGGUCAGAGCAGCCUUCCUGCAUCUUCUCACACCACUGAGCUUUUGCAACAGCUCUUCCCUCCUCUCCUGGAUGCUCUUCAAGAACCCAAGUCAGGGCUGCUCCUCUGUCAGCCUCCAGGUCCUGCACCCCUUGCCCUAGGGCUCUGUACCCUGCAGACCACCUUGCUCUGGUUUUGGGGAAGAGCUCAACAGUAUCUGGCAGCAUGGGCCCCAGGUUCCUUCCUGCUCCUGAUCCAGAAGGACUUACCUCCUCUAUUGCGUGAGGCAGAAGCUCUGUCUACCCUGGCCUCAGAGGAAAGCUUGGCCCUGGAGGUGGAGCAGCAGCUGGGCCUAGAGAUCCGGAAGCUGGCUGCGCAGAUUCAGCUUCUGCCUGAAGAGUCGCUAAGUCUCUUUUCCCAAGAAUGUCAUAAACAAGCCACACAGAGCUUUGAACUCUACAUGCCACGGGGUCGGUACUGGCGGCAUCGUCUCUGUCCUGGUAACUCCUCAUCCCAGUAUUCGUUUCCAGGGUUUCCAGGGGGUAACCGUUCCCAACCCCUCCAAAUCCUGGCUCCACUCCUGUCUCCACCCUUGUUCUCACCUUCUGUGCACCCCCCAAUCUUACUCUCUUCCCCCAAACACCCCAUUAGGGACUCAGUGGAUCUCCAUAGUCUCAUAUUCUGUCCUUUCUCUUCUCUCACUCCAGAACUACCCAGCAUUCCUAGUGAGUAUGCUAGGUUGGUGGUCCGUACUGUACUGGAGCCUGUGUUGCAAGGAUUGCAAGGAUUGCCACCUCAAGCCCAGGCCCCUGCCCUCGGCCAGGCGCUGACUGCCAUCUUGGGUGCCUGGCUUGACCAUAUCCUCACCCAUAAGAUCCGGUUCAGCCUGCAGGGGGCGCUGCAGCUCAGACAAGACUUUGGAGUGGUCCGGAAGUUGCUGGAGGAGGAGCAGUGGGGCCUGUCCCCUGAACUUCGCCAGACCCUGCUCAUGCUCAGCAUCUUCCAGCAGCUGGAUGGGGCCCUGCUGUGCCUACUGCAGCAGCCCCUGCCCAAGACUCGAGUCCACAGGUUUUGCUGUGCAUGUAAUGAGGUCCAGACCACGGAAUUGCCCAGCGGCAGCCUCAAUAGCCUGGAGAGCUUGGAGCCCCCUCUUCGGCCUGAAGGACCCCCAACCCAGACAGCUCAGCGGCUAAGCACACUGUGGGGAGGGGGACCCAGCCCUGAGGCUUACCUGGUGGGAAAUCAGCAGGCCUGGCUUGCCCUGAGGCAAAACCAGGGCCGGCGUUGGCACUUGCCUUUUCUUUCCUGCCUGGGGACCAGUUCUGAAUCCUAAGGAGCCUGAUCUGAAACCUGCAAGUCAGAGCUCCUCACCUCUGGCUGGAAAAGCUCAGACAUUUAGAAAUGCAUAUUUUAAAAGCCUACAAUUGGGAGCUUGGAAGAAAGCAUACCUGAGAACCACAAGCUCCAGAGAGCCUGGACUUACAAGCUAAGGAUCCAAGAUUACUCCAGUGCCUGGGAGCCAGAGUAAAGGGCAAAACCACAGCUUGGAACCUGGAGGUCAGCAUCCUUGGGAGGCUCAGGCCUGGUUCCCCACCAGUGAAGGCAUAGAUGCUGGAAGGAGGGCUAGACGCUGGGGGGAAGACUAUAGGGUUGGAUCCCAGGGGAAAGGGGAAAAGAAAAAGCAAUAGAAAGCAGAGAGCCUAGAUGCCACUUCCUCUGAAGUCCCAGGAGCCAGGCUAAACACAAAGUUAACUCAUCAAGAACCACAGAGGUGGAAUAGGCAUUUCUACACCUCGAUCGGUCCCAAGAGCUGUAUUACCCUGUACUCCUUUCCCCAUUACUAUUUCCAGUCAUUUAAGAAUAAUGGGCUGUAGGACCUUCACAUGUAAGCUUUGGUUAUUCAGUCCACCAUUUUUAAUCUUCAGUUACCUGAGCGGGGUUUACCCCCGGUAGGUGUAUAAUCCCUGCCGUGGUAGUGCCCUCUCCUUGCAAGAGACCAGCACUUAGGAUGGCCUUAACCUAGACCUGGCACAGCAGGAUACGCAAGGGGAAAGGCUGCAGCUGACGGCCGUGUUAUCGGAGCCAAGUGCAAACGGCUUUUGCACUAUGUAUUCGUUGUCUUCACUAUCUUCACAAGAUAGGCAGUAUUUACUGACCGCUUACUCUGGGCCCCUCCAUGCCCUGUGCUGAAACCACCUCUCUCCUUCCUGACCUUCCUCUUCCUGUGGGGCUGGGGAGCCGGGCCGGCGGUUUGGGGGCCAGCGCGCCCGACGGCGGACGGCAGGCGGCAGGGGCCGGGUCCGCGGCAGCGCGGCCAUUCACAGCUUCUCGUCCAGCUAACACUUCCGCCUGCGCGAGUCCUUCCGGGGCAGAAGUCACUAUGGCGGCGGGCUUGGCUCGGCUCGGGCUGCGGUCUGUCAAGCAGGUUCGGGUUCAAUUCUGCCCCUUCGAGAAGGACGUGGAGUCGACGAGGACCUUCCUCCAGGCGGUGAGCAGCGAGAAGGUGCGC